CGUGGAUUUGAUGAUUCCAUCACCAAACAAUGUCUACUGAUUUACAGAACAUAUCAAGCCAACAUAUAACCAACAUCUGAACAACCAGAUUCAAUCUUUGUUUCUUCUUCUGGUCCUGCAGCUGCUCUCAGCUCUCUGCACUCUGAAGACUGCUGGCAUCGUUCACAGAAACAUCAACCCACAUACUGUGAUGUUGAUGAAACAGGAAGACCAGCAGAACUUCAGAGUGAAACUUACUAGUUUCAACUCAGCCAUCCCAGUUGGUGAAGUGAAGAGCAGCUCCGUCAAGCAGCUUGUUGGAUACAGGUAGGUUGGAAGAUCUGUCUUCCAGCAUCAUGUACUGCUGCUCUUCUUUGACUCAUCUGAUCUGAUGUCACCAAAAAUCAUGAACAUGUAAAACUGAGCAGGAAGUCACUGCAAUCACUGACUGUUGUCUUCCUUCUUCAGGUGUCCUGAUGUUCUUGUGGGUCUACCCAUCUCUGAGGCAGUGGAUAUGUGGUCAGUGGGUGCUGUUCUGUCCACCUUGUUCCUCGGCAGCCCGCUGUUCCCUCAGAGGUGUCAGUAUCACCUGAUGAAGAUUUUGGUGGAGACUCUGGCUAACCCAGAGAAUGAGCUUCUGAGUGAAGGCCCCAACAACCAGCUCUACUUCAAGUCCACGGAGCACACAUGGACACUGAAGCUGGAUCCAGAUGUGGACAGUUAUGAGAUCAAACUGUUCGCAAGCCUCCUAAAGAAGAUGCUGCAUCUGAAUCCAGAGAGCCGAAUUUCACCAAGUGAGGCUCUGCAACACCCGUUUCUGUUCUACAGCAAGGAGGACAACAGCUCUCAUGACAUGGUCUCAGCUCCCUCCGAGGCUGCGGCCUCCUCUUCGGGUGACACCGUUUCACCUCCUGAUGAGGGUUCAGAGAGCUCUGCCUCAGAUGAAGCUGCUUUUUUGGCCGACGCUGCCACCUCCUCUACGGGUGACACUGUUUCAGCUCCUAGUGAGCCUUCAGAGAGCUCUACUUCAGAUGCAGCUGCUGUCGUGGCCGACGCUGCCGCCUCCUCUUCGGGUGACACCUUUUCACCUCCUGAUGAGCCUUCAGAGAGCUCUGCCAUACUGGACACAGAGACAACUUGUGCAGAAGAACAUCCAGCAGAGUCUCCAGAAGCAGAUCUUAAUGAGUCUGCGGUCUCCUCUGCUUCACCCAUCACCGUUCAGACUGACCUGAAUGACGCUGUUUCAGCUGAUCAAGGUCCAGCAGAAACUCCCACUACUGCUGAACUGAAUGGUGAAGUGGUGGCUGAAGCUCCUGACACCAGAAAGGCUCCGAGGAGGCCUCUGAAAAGAGUCAGGAGAUUUUUUGGCAGAGUCUUCAGAUCUCUGUGCAGUUGUUGCUCUGUACAAGUUACAGAGUAACUCACUUUUAUUGUUUAUUAUUUCAUUUAUUUCUUUAAUUUUUUUCAGCUUAUUGUUUUCUGUUUCUGUUUAUUUCAUGUUUAUUUUUCCAUUUA